AUUGAACAUCGAUGACCCACGGGAAAAUUCGAAUCCUAACCUGUAGGUCACGUUUCCAGCACUGGUAAACCACUUAGUUCCAUUCAUGUGUUGUGUGUAGUAGUCAGUAUAUUUUCUACAACACUGAGCAUUAUUCCUGCCGAAAACCUAGCAAUCAUCUUAGGAAUGCUUUUGUGACCGGAUUUAAUGUUAUAUUGCCUGGGUUCUAAGCCUUAUGUGCGAUAAAGUGCAAAUGAUUCGUGGUAAUCUUCCUCGAGUAUAGUUAUGUUGAUGUCUGACAUCAUUUUUAAUGGAUUGAUGAAAUAAGCAAUCAACAAAGUUCCUGUUGGAGUGUCCAAUCAGCGUGCUUAAGUGAAUUUUCAACCGCUUCUUUGGAUAGCGCUUUCCGGAUUUACCAGAAUAAUAGCCGUCUAACUGGACUUUUCACCGUGAUCAUCCUGAAAGACUGAACCGUUUUCUGAUAAAACAACCUUCACUCCCCCCGUCUUUGCAAAUGGGAAAAAAGCACACUUUCAGUUAUUCUCGAAAUCGAAAGCGAUUAGGCAGAAAAGAGAAGGCAAAAUUAAAAAUUAGAAAUCCAGUCAUUAAUUCGGCUUGGAAGCAUGGAUUAUCUGUCAAAUCAAAUUUUGAUCGUUUGGGUUUAGCUUACGAUGCGAAUGAAGUACUUGGAAAUCAGGUUUUAACAAAUGGCGAGUAUGAUAAUAAUGAUGCAAUCACAAAAAAUAUGCGACAACGGAAAAAGACUAAUGUCGUAAAAGUUUUAGAACAGUUAGCCAAACAUAAAAAACAAAAACCUGUGUUUGUAUCCGAAGAUGAUCAGUUGUUUUGCAUAUACAACUUAGAGAUGUAUGCUGAGGAUGAUUUUGAAUCUAUGAGCAGAGAUCCAAAGAAUGUUUAUCAGUUGACAUCCAAACAGAUCGAACGACUAAUCAAUAAAUUUAAACAAACCUCUGGCUUUCAAAAGUAUCUUGAAGAUAAGCAGUCAGGAGAGCUUGCCAUCGAUGAGUUGUUUAAUCAAGAACUAAUGUAAAUAUAUUAUUUUGCUAAAAAUAUAGUAAUUUUGAAUUUU